UUGAUGAAACGUAACUCGUUUACACUUUCAUUUUGAUGACUGUCUAAGUAUGAGAGUAUGAGAUGCCCUGCCUACACGAAUGCAAUACGUCCAUGUUUCUAUAAUAACAUUAAUAACUGCAUUACACAUUUACACCAUAAUAUUUUAAGAUACCUAUGCAUCACAAUAUUCAGUUUAUACACUUUAAGAGAAACUUAAUUGUAGGUUUGUAGAGUAUGAAAUAUUAUUUUACUUUUUGGUAACACGUUCGUGCAAGAGUGAAUAGUGACGAACGCGGUCCUAAUUAUUUGUGAAUUCAGAAUAAUUGUGAUAUCAGUUUUCAUUAUUCGCUAUUCGAUGCACUUGUGCAGUGGGCGCUACGACUUAUACUUACGAGUUAAGCUUAGGACAUACAGUAUUUGGAAUGCCGUGUUGCAGGCAGUAGUGCGGUAGUGCAGUUCCUGGAUUCACAAGUUUCCCUGCAUUCCCGCUGACAAGUGACAACUGUUUUAUCCGUUGAGUGAUUCAAUUAUAGCAGUAAUCCAAACAAAUCAGAAAAAUGGAUGACUUGGAUUCAAUCAUAAUCAACCUAAAAGCUUGUCUAAUAUCUACCAAAGGUGGAAUACAAUUAAGUCAAAUAGAAAAUGAAUAUUUUAAAGUAACUGGUGAAAGAAUUCCAUUCAGGCAGUUGGGAUUUUCAUCAUUAGAAACCUUAUUACAAUCUUCUGGAAAGUUUACAAUUAAAAAUUAUGGUGGGAAUGCUGUUGUACAAGCUGUAGUUACUAGUAAAACACAACAUUUGACUGAGCUUAUCAAAAAACAGAAAUCAAAACCCCCCAAAAAAAAACCAUUUACAGGUUUUAAAAAUGGUCCAAGAAAAUUUGUUUCUUCAAAUACCUAUAAUGGUUCUAACAGACCUAAUAAUUAUUCUAGACCAGUAAAUAAUGGUUUGAGUUAUAGACCUCCAAGAAACAAUUAUCAAAGUACUUCUGUUCCUAACAACACCAACGGUCAUAAUAAAACACAGYCAUCAUAUAGUAAUAACAAACAUAGAUUCAAUAACUUAGAGCCAAAAACAUUUGAUCAGAAUAAUUACAAAAAGCCUCAGUUUCCUUUAAAUAACUAUAGUAAUAAUACUAAGAACUAUAAUGAAAACUAUUUGCCAGACACAAAAACAAUGAAUAAUCUACCCAAUGAUAAUAGAAAAAAUGAGGUUAAAUCAGUUCCAAUUUCAAAUGAAGCAAAUUCAUUGAAUGAAAAUGCCAAAUCUUAUAAUAAAUUAGAACAAAUUCCAAUUACUAGCAGUUGCAGUAGCUUAGAAUCAACAUAUAGCUCAAGCUCUGCUAGUUACAAGCCUAAGAAUACAUCACUGGACAAACUCCAAAUUGGUGAUGCAGACAAUAUAAAUAACAAAGAUACAACUCCCAAAACACAUUUUUAUAUCCAGGAGAAUGAUAGUGAAUAUAAGAAAUUAUCACAGCAACAUAAAUCUAUUCAGAAAUUUUCAUCAAUACAAAACAUGCCGCCUAUGAAAAUAUCCACUGCUCAAAGUAGACUUGAAAAAUAUCCUAAAAAAUGUGAAGAACAAAUUAAGGUUGAUGUUGAAAGUAAGUCGAAUACAGAAAAACCAUGUGCUGCAGCUAAAGAUUUAAGUAAUGAAGUUGAAGACUUUAAAAAUGAGGUGUUUGAAGAAGACAAGGACUAUAUUAACGAAUUAGAAACAUAUUUAAAAAAUUUAAACUUAUCAGAACCAUAUUAUGAGUUUAUGGUGAAAAAAGAAAAAUCUGGGAAAAUACUUAAACUAACACACAUUUGUACUAUUAAGGUAAAUGAAAAAAGUGUUGGUAGUUCAUUCCCAGUAGAUUGUAAUACGGAUGAUUAUGCACAAAAAGUUGCUGCAAAACACGCUCUAACUACUUUAAAAAAACAAUAUGGGGAAAGUGUCAUUUAUCCAAUUACUAAUGAUAUUAAUACUAUGGCAUCUUGCGUUAAAAAGCUUUUAAAACAAGGAUAUGAAAYUACUGGUGUUAUGGGUGAUCUCUUGGAACGUAUGUAUAGAGAGGAAUUUCAUGAAAACUUGCCUAAUAAUUGGGAUCAGCUUUUAGGAGUUUUUAGUUAUUUUACAUUUGAUAAAUUUGCAGCCGCUAAUAAACUCGUUAUAUAUCUUAAUGAAACUGAAAAUAAUCAACAAAAUGGUCAUGAAUAUACAAAUAAAGAUUUUGCAGAAGAACAAAACUUUGUUCCGGGUACUCCAUUAUUAUUUGAGGACUACUCUGAAAAAUCUGUUCUCGUUUCUGCUAAUUAUGGUUCAACUAAUGUUUGGAUUCGUUUGGUUGGUCAGAGUGCAGAUGAAAACUUUAUUCAAAUGCAAGCAAAAUUUAAUGACACUAUGAACACAGCAGGCUUAAGUAUCCCUGAUCAAGUGAUUGAAGGUGAAUUUUAUGCUGUGCUUUACAAUUCAUCUUGGCAUAGAGUACAAAUAUCUUUCGCUAAUAAUGAAGAUGGUACUGUUACAUGUUUCAUGAUAGACACUGGCGAGCAAUUGAAUAUUGCCAAAGACCAGAUUUGUUACUUAGAACCAAUUUUUAUGAAACCUAAAACUCAGGCAAUUGAAUGUAUUUUAACCAGACUAGAAAAUUUUGGGACAUUUGAUGGUUUAAAAGAAUUAUUGGAUGAAAUGAUUUUGAAUAAAACAUUCUUUGUUGUACCAGAUUCUUUAGAAGAAGGAUGUGCUAGAGUCACUUUAUAUGAAAAAGGAAGAGUUAAUGUAAAUGACAUGAUUAUUCAAAGAUUUUUAGAAAAAACUUCUACUAAGCUUCCAUUAUUUGAGGAUCAAGCUAUUGUGGAUGGAAAUGUAUCAUCUAUUGUUGAGUCUGGUCAUUUAUAUUUACAAUUAAACAUUGACAUUGUUACGUCACUUGAAGAAAUUUUGCCAAAUGAUGAAAUUUUAGACCCAGAAUUUUUUUUGAAGAGUAAGGAAGAUAUUAUAAAAGACAAAGUGUACAUAACAAAGUAUGAAGCAGAUAAUAUAUGGAGCCGUGUUCAAGUUCUUGAUAUAAUUAAUGACUCUGAAGUCAAGAUAAUUUAUAUAGACUAUGGCAAUAUUGCACAAUGUGAAAUUACUAAAUUGGCUAAUUUAGAGUUGUAUGAUCCGCUUUUGACCAAGAUUGCACCUCAGGCUAUUAAAGUAUCAAUGAACUUUUUACCUCCAAAUACUAUGACUCCAGAUAUUGCCAACAAGUUAUUUUCAAUUAUUGGGAAUGAUACAGUCUUAGUGAAUACAGUCAAUGCACCCAAUGACGAUGUGCCAUGUGUUCAACUUUACAAAACCGAUCCAGAUUCACCUAAUAUACCAUACUGCAUUAACAUACCAUUAUAUCAAAGCUUGAAGAAACAAUGAAUUGGCACUCCUUAAAGGACAUUUGAUUAAUUGUUAUUAUUUAAAUCUAAAUGUGUUAGUUUGAUCUGAUGUUGUUACAUUAGUUUUAUACAAACGUUAUUUUGAGAAAGUACUCAUCAUUUUUUUUUUUUAAUUAUUAUUAUUAUUAUUAUUAUUAUUAUUAUUUAAAUCAUAUGU